GUGAAUGUUGAUGACACCACAGAAAUGUUACCAAAAUCAAGGCGAGCGUUGACCAUUCAAGAGAUUGCAGCGUUGGCGCGAUCCUCCCUACAUGGUAUUUCGCAGGUAGUGAAGGACCAUGUGACGAAGCCCACAGCCAUGGCCCAGGGCAGAGUAGCCCACCUCAUUGAGUGGAAGGGAUGGUGUAAGCCAAUGGAAACGCCUGCAGCCCUGGAAUCGGACUUUAAUUCUUACUCCGAUCUCACCGAGGGAGAGCAGGAGGCCCGCUUCGCUGCUGGUGUCGCAGAACAGUUCGCCAUUGCCGAGGCUAAACUGAGGGCCUGGUCGUCAGUAGAUGGCGACGAUUCCAACGAUGACUCAUACGAUGAAGACUUUUUGCCCGCCAACGAGCCUGCAACACAGAGCACAGAUGUGCCGUCAUAUCCUCUGUACUUAAAAGACCUGAUCCACAGUCAGCUUUGUCAACACCUGGGCCUGCGUGGGCCGUGCAGCGAGGGAGGGGGCGGAGGAAGCGCCAGGGAGCCGUCCCCCACAGCGGGCUCGCCGGAGACUUUGUGCUCCAGCUUGUGCAGCCUCGACGAACGCCACCCGCUCUUGCGCGACCUGAGCGGCUACCGCGAGGGACACGGCAACGCCGCCGAGCUGGCCGCCAAAAUUCUGUCAGCGCUGCAGGGAGGGGAGGAGCUUCUUCUGACCCGAUUUCAGAGGGGGGCGCAGAUGGGGCCCACUGGGAGGGACUGUGGUUUCCAUAGCCUAGGGGGGAGCAGGCUUGGCAUCAGGCCUGGCGGUGGUCAGGAGUCUCCUGCAUAUUCUAUGUCAUACUCUGAGACAUACCUGUCCCCCGGAGAGGAUGACGACACGCCCUGCAAGGACUACGAGGCCACCUUAUGCCAGGCGGAGGCCAAUGCGAAGGAGUUUGCGCCAGAUUCCGAGCCUCGCAGGAGGAUGUCCGAUGUGGCCUCUUCAGGGGUCGUUUCGCUUGAUGAGGAUGAAGAGGAGAAUGAAGGAAAAGAUCAGGGCAAGUCAAUAGACCAAUGAUUCCUCUGACCUCAGUGUUACUUGACGCUCUUUUUUUUUUUUUUUUUUUUUUUUUAAACACCCUCUAUCGUGAGGCCAAUGUUUGAUUGUUUACAGUGGACCCCGCAUACUUGCCGUUGGGCACUCGUGAAAUCAUCUAUUUUUUUCCCUUUUUUUUCUAGGAGGAACCAAGACUGAAAACGUUGUAUGUCCCCGCUUAUUUAAGAUUUUGGUUGGGAUUAAAAAUAAAAACAAAGAGAAAAUGCAAUUAUAAUAGCUGUCAAUUGCUUGAUCUUGAUCGAUUUUUGCUAUUCGCACUCCGGCCGGGUCAGGUCAGGUCAGGUCAAUAUCUUCUGUGGAUAGCAGAGGUCCACUGUAUUCCUCUUCAUCAUCCAUCCGUCUUUGCCUUACUUGCAAAAUUCCAAGCCCAUUUGAUCAUUUCUCAAGAAACUCGUUCAAUGCAUCAGCUUUCUCUCUUUUUUUUUUUAUUUGCAAGCGUCUAAACAAUCUUUUUCUGUGCAUGAGAACACGAGUUCUGGACUUGCUACGGUGGCCAUGGCUCAAUUACCACUGCGGGUUUGACGCUCACAAUUACAGGCACCACUCUCACCUGCACUGAAAACUUUCCCAAAAACGAGAGCACGGACACAAUGACUGAGUCCAGAACUCUCAAUUUUUCUUUGCAUGUUUUUUUUUGCAAAUGCUGAAGUUGACGGUCCCAUCCGAGCACGGUUUGUAACCUCAACUGCUGUGUAUGACGACCCCCCAAUCCCACGCCCCCUACCUCCACUCUCACCUACCCUUUGCAAGAGACAAACUAGAGCAUCCUUUUUGGGCAUGGCUUGCUGAGUAUGCCAAACGACUUAUUUCUGUUACUACCAAUUAUAAGCAAAUGCUACAAUGUCUUUAAAGUGACAGUGACCAUAUCUUGAAUUGCUAAAGAAAAAAAAUAUCACAAAGGAUAUGAAAGAAAUGAAAUGAUUUUGUUGUACUAGUUUUCUAUCACUUAUUGGUUGUUCAUAUUAUAUUUCAAAUGUUAUUAUGAUAGCUAGAUUGGAACUGUGUGGAUUCCUGCUUGGAAGACAGAAGAACUUUUUGAGAUAAAACACACAUGCACACACACACUGAGCAGCAGUGGCGACAACAGACAAGGAGAAUGUUACUGAAGUGAUUCUGCUGGUUGGUGAUGAUUUGGAAGUCAGGUUGGCUGAAAAAGACAAAAGUGUUUGUUUUCUGGGACGAUAUGACUUGCUUUGGACAUUUUCUACAUUUUUGUAACCGUCGUCUUGCUUUGAUCUCUAUGCCUAUGCGGUGUAUGUGGUUUCUUGCACGAAGCUAUAUUGUGUCUGUACAUUUCUCCGUUUCUUUGUUAUCACUGUGUGAUAUUGUCUACUGCAAGAAAAAAAAACACAUGUGAACAAAACAGUAUUUUAUUUUUGAUUUCAAGAGGAUGCUGAGUGUUUCACGGUCAUGGCCGUAUGUCAUGAUACUCAGAAAGAGCUCGCAUUUUUACUUUCAAAGCAUUUUGAAACACUCUCCUCCUCUCUCAAUGACUUGAGAAAAGCUUUGUACUAUUCUUUAAACUUGCUGUUGUAAUGUUUGCAAAAGGCACAUUUCUAUGAUUCAUGCGAGAGAUCUUUUCAAGUUCUCCCAGAGGGAAUGUCAUUCAUACAACUCAGGAAAUUCAAUCAGUCCACUCCAUCAGCGCAUCCCACCAGCAUGCAUUAACGCCGCUCAUGUCUCCUUCCGUCUCUUUCUGUGUGCCUGUGUUAGUGUUUGUAAAGGGGGUGCCUUGCAGGCUUAUUUUAU